CAUAGCUACCGUUUAGAAAUGUCAGUGUAGCCCUUUGUUGACUUUUUCAUUCGUUCUGGAAAGCAUCUGCGACCACGGUGGGGCGGGCGGUAAUUCCAGUUUGGGAACUUUACGCAAACAAAAGUGUCGAGGACAUUUGAGCCAUUUCUUUUUUUCCAACGCUCCCAUCAGCGACUCUGGCCUUCAGUUGCGCAAGAGUGUACGUAUCAGGUAACACACAAUCGGUCCUGCCGACCAAACCGAAAAGUUAAAGUUUUUAAUUUACCGAAGAAGGAAAUGUCAAUCUGCGCAAAAGUGGAAAACGUAAACAUGCACACACCAAAAGCUCUUGAGAUUCUCCUUCCCAAGCGCUACGGAGCCAACUACGUCAGCGGGCGGUUGUCAAGCACAAAACGCAAAAGCAAACACUUGUUGCGCAAAAAAGCGAAAACUUUAUACCAAGUUGGGAACAUAAACGAAACAAAAAAACCACUCAACGAAGAAAACGCACUUGAAGUGUGUAUAUCUCAUGUACGUGUAUGUUUUCUUUUUUUCUCAUACAAUACCGGGGAGACCCACAUCUUCCGUAAUCAGCGACCGUCCUCCAUCUUGAGCGCCCAAGAGGUAUAUAAACAAAUUGACAUCUGCUCUUUGGGAAAAAAUUACAAUCCUUUCUCUCUUUUCUUCUUUCCCCCCUUAACCUUCUGUUUAUUCAAACAUUCUCAUUCCAAAGUAUUGUUACAAUCAGUUGUCAAUCUUAUUGACUAAUCACAGAUACCCGCAACACUCUGGAGUAUAGAAGGACAGGGAACGAGGGAAAUCCAAAUCAAGCACAGACAUUCUAUUCUACUGGCCCAAAGCAAGUAACAUCAACUGAUGAGCACCAUUCUUUGUUCAAUUGGCUGCUAGAGGAGACCACGCCUCUUGGAGGUUGCUCGUUUCCUCUACACCCAGGAACAG